AUGUUGUCAGAGACGGACCCACCUAAACCACAGGCUGAGAACCCCCCACCACCGGAGGUUACAAAUGUGAACAAAUUAGGCCGAAGGACCAACCAACUUCAGUUCAUGCAGAGUGUUGUGGUCAAAGCUGUGUGGAAGCACCAUUUUGCCUGGCCGUUUUACCAUCCUGUUGAUGCUGUGGCUCUUAACCUACCGGAUUAUCAUCGCAUAAUAACUAAUCCGAUGGAUUUGGGAACCAUAAAACAACGGCUCGAGAACAACUAUUAUUGGAGCGCCAGUGAAUGUUUGCAGGACUUCAACACUAUGUUCAGUAACUGCUACAUUUAUAACAAGCCUACAGAUGAUAUUGUGCUGAUGGCUCUCGCUUUAGAAAAGAUUUACUUGCAAAAAGUUGCACAAAUCCCUCAGAAGGAAGUGGAGCUUUUGCCUCAUACAGCCAAAGGGAAAGGCACAAAGAAACGUUCAGGUGAGCAGGAGAUUGUGACUACCUCUCUUUUGGAUACAUCACAGACAAAGCACAUUGGCUCCAGUUCACCUUCAAAUCCCACCAUGGUGUCACAGGUUAACACUAAGAAAGGUCCGAAGAAGAAGAAGAGCAAUUCUGUCAUUGACACAACCAGGCUGAACAAGUCACCAAACAGCAAGAGAAGAUGGGAAAACCAAGACCGUUCCUCCCUCCUUUUUGCCAAAAAUAGUAGUAAAAAACAAUUGGCCCUUCAAGAUGGUGAGAUGAAGCAACUCCGAUAUUGUGAGGAAAUCUUGAAGGAAAUGCUCUCGAAGAAACAUGCAGCCUACGCGUGGCCUUUCUACAAACCUGUGGAUGUUGAAGCUUUGCAACUGCAUGACUAUCAUGACAUCAUCAAAUACCCAAUGGAUCUGAGAACUGUUAAGGAAAAAAUGAACAGAGGAGAAUAUCAGGAUGCUCAGAGAUUUGCUGCAGAUGUCAGGUUAAUUUUUUCCAACUGCUACAAAUACAACCCCCCGCACCACGAUGUUGUCGCCCAGGCCAGGAAGCUUCAGGCAAUGUUUGAGAAGAGAUUUGCAAACAUUCCAGAUGAGCCCAUAAGGAGCAUUUCACAGAUGACGUGCAGUCCAGUUCUUCGGGGGCUCAGCACUACAGUGUCCUCCACUUUGGACAAUUCUGUUGAAGCCACCCAACUAGCAGAGCUGCAACAGGAGCUUGAAGAUGUUCACAAACAGCUUACCAUGUUCUCUGAAGUCCCACAAAGACAGACCGAAAGCCAUAAUAAUGUCUUUAUUCAAACCAUGUUUACUUUCAGGAGGUCGUGGAAUGGAGGUGACGACUGUUCUGAAGAAUCUCUGCAAAUGACUUAUGAUGAGAAGCACCAACUGAGCCUUGACAUUAACAGACUGUCUAGUGUAAAGCUCGGCCAGGUAGUGCACAUCAUUCAGAAACGAGAACCAGCUAUGUGUGACACAAACCCAGACGAGAUCGAGAUCGACUUUGAGGUGCUAAAGCCGUCAACUCUGCGGGAACUACAGCAAUAUGUCCGCUCUUGUCUAUUAAAGAAGUUCAAAAACUUUCGCAGUAAGUGA